GGGGAAUUCUAUUUGUAGCCUCACAUUUACUAUUCACAGCCACAACAUAUUAAACGUAAAUAGUUAUAUUUUUUAGAUUCCAAUUUUAGCCUUCCAUCUAAAUCAACUCGAUCAUACACACAGCCUCCAUUCCACUCAUCCUCUCGCCUUCAAACUACCUGAAGCUCCUUGAAUUGGAGAUGAUGUUGCGUAGAUCUAUCAAAAGUGAAUGAAGAUCCUACUGUCCCUCUUUCUACUGCUUCUUCUUCGACUACCUGGCUCCAUCCCCAUAGACUUGGUCAUAUUCCGAAAUUCGAACUAGAACAUAGGAAGGGUAGAAGGGAUUCCGGUUAUUUUCCGGCAAGAUAAUUGUUCCUAUCGAAGAAUCAGGCCGGUCAGCUUUACUCUUAAAUCAUUUUGUUGAGCUUUUUGAUUCAUUGAUUUUGUUCGGAACCACUGUAGUUGUUUACCCAGGAGCGGCGAAGUUGAAUUCUCUCAUUUGAAAUUGAUUCCCUGUAUCCUUUUCGUUCAUCUUUGAAAAUUUGGAGUAAUUUUUUCCCUCUUCCUUUCAAGUUUAUUUCAAUGGAGUUCCUCUGUGUUGGUGGAUUGAAUGGAGUUUCUCUGUUUGCGUAAUCGAUGUAUGGGGCUGAAUGAAUUGGGUUUGGCUGACUCCGUAACUCCCAGUGAGUUAUUUUUCUACAUAAGGGUAAUUUGGAUAAAUUAAUUAAUUUAUUUUAGGAAAAAUUGAAAAUAAUAAUCCCAACUAUUACCGGUCCGCUGAAAAUAAUCCAAACUAUUGAUUAUUUUUGUAUAAUUCCAACUAUAUAGACUAUCCGCCAAUAAUGGUCCAUGACCAUAUAUUACCUCUAUAAAAAGUGAAUUUUAAAUAGAAAUUAAGCAUAAAAAUUAAAAGUUGAGAUUAUUUAGAGGGAUUACUUGUUAAAUAGAAACUACAAGAAUUUAUUCAUAGGGACCAUUAUUGGCAGAAGGUCCCUAAAGUUGGGAUUAUUCUGUAAUAAUCAAUAGUUGGGAUUAUUAUGAGCGGACCGCCAAUAAUUGAGAUUAUUACUAUCAAUUUUUCCUUUAUUUUAUUAAUUAAUAUUUAAUUUAGUGGCUGUGAUUAGCAAUUUGGGGGCUGUAAAUAGAAUUACCCAAACAGUAUUUAUACACAUUUAUACUGAUUUUCAACAAAAAAUCGAUACCUCAUGAACCAAUUUCAUCAAAAAAAAAAAAAGAAGAAAAAUGGAUUCUGAGAAGUUCUAGAUCUGGGAAGAAAAAUAAAUGACUCAGAGGGAGGAAGAAACGAAGGAGCUUCGGAAAUUGGGAAGCCAAAUCUGGAUUUCUGUUUCCAGAUCUGUUUUUGAAGUCGCCGGAGCCGCCACCACCGUCCCCGCCGGCAGGGAGCCUCCGCGGUGUCAGCCGGCAUCAGACGGAGCUCGCUUCAGCACCCCAAAUCUCGUAACACCUGCAACUUAGGUGCUCGUCACGCGCAGCUGCUUCCACUGUCUCAAUCGCCCGUCCGCCGCUUGACGUCAACCAUCAACCGCUCACCAACCCUCCACCUGGUGGAACACCGCUCGAGCUUCCUCGAGCCUGCUGAGGCGACCAAGGGAUCUGCCAUUUGAGAGUUCCAUGAUUUCCGCCAUUAAUGGCGGCUUGGAGCUCAAGGGAGGUACAUUUUUCAAGCCCCUCCGGACCCCCACAAGACCGGCCUCCGUCGUUUCCCUUGCGCCGCGAAAACCGCCGUACCGCCCUCUGUCCGAAAGUUACGGAGUGCUGCAUAUCACUCAGAUGUCUUGGUCCUCAGGAAGCCACGUGAGGAGGAUGAAGGAUGGCAGAUGGUCAAGUUGGAGCAUCUUGACCAAGUCAAAAUUCCAAGGAAACCAAAUCAAAUUGACAUGCUGGCCGAACUUCUGCACCAAAGAUAUAUUUGGCAUGGGAGACCUUGCACUGUUGAGCAGCAGGAAACGUGGCACCAGUCUUAGGCUCUGUUUGCAAACCCAACUGAGAAGUGCUUUUAACUUUUUUAAAUGAUUUGGUAAAAAAGUGAUUAAUAGUAAAAGUUGGUAGUGUUUGAGAAAAAAGUGAUUUUGAAAAGUAAAAGUUGGUGGUGUUUGAUAAAAUAAGUGCUUUUUGUGUAAUAGAAAAAGUGAAAAGCAGAUUCUAGCUUUUAGCUUUUAAGUGAUUCAUUUAAGUAGAAGUUGUCAUUUGAAAACAUCUUUUUUAGCUUUUUUAAGCCAAAAGCUGGGAAGUGCUUUUUUAGUUGUGUUUGCAAACAGAGCCUUACCUCAUGAAGUGGGGAUAUUAAUCUUACCAAGUCUUGCACUUCAAAAGAGCUAAGUAUCACUUAUACUUUCUCAUUUACCAAAUGAUUAGUUUACAAUAAUAUUACUGCUAUCAGCUUUUAUCACCAUUAUUUAAAAGGGAAUAAAUUUUCCCAAAAUUAAAUAAUGCGGAGCAAAGCUCUAGUGAUAAUUAGUUCCUCCAACAUUUUACUAGAUACUUAAUUUUUUGUGGCCCGUUGGCCCACUCUUGAUCAGCUUGAUUAAGCGAUCCGAGCCUCUCCAGAGGGCGGUGCCCCGACGACGCAUUUUAAUUUGGGGGUUACGCAUUAGUCCGCACGGCACCAAGAAGCUGUUCUCUUCGCCUGAUCUGAAUGUUUCUGAUCUGAAUUUUUUAAGUUCUGAUCUGAUCUGAUCUGAAUUUUUCUGAUCUGAUCUGAUCUGAUCUGAAUCUGUCUGAUCUGAUCUGAUUUGAUCUGAAUCUUUCUGAUCUGAUCUGAUCUGAUCUGAAUUUUUCUGAUCUGAUCUGAAUGUUUCUGAUCUGGUCUGAUCUGAUCUGAAUGUUUCUGAUCUGAUCUGAAUCCUUCUGAUCUGAUCUGAAUCUUUCUGAUCUGAUCUGAUUCGAAUAUUUCUAUGAUUAUAAUUAUAAUUAUAAUUAUAAUGAUAAUUAUAAUUAUAAUUAUUAUAAUUGCAAUUACAAAUAUAAUUUAAAUAAAAUUAUAAUUAUAAUUGUAAUUAUAAUUACAAUAUUUAUCUCUAUAAUUGUAACUAUAGUUAUCAAUAUUAUUAUAAUUACUC